AUGGAUCCCUUGUUCACCACGACUGAUUUGCCAUUGCUAAGCAAUUGGACCAACGCUUCAGGAAUCAAUGGAACUGAUCUAGACGGGAACCAGUUUGUGCAACCAGUUUGGAGAAUUGUUCUAUGGGCAUUCGCCUACAGUUGCAUGGUUACUGUGUCUCUGGUGGGGAACGUCGUAGUAAUAUGGAUCAUUAUGGCGCACAAACGAAUGAGAACUGUGACCAACUAUUUUCUGUUGAACCUGGCGUUUGCAGAGGCGUCUAUGUCAGCCUUCAACACCGUUAUCAACUUCGUCUAUUCCGUCCACAAUGAGUGGUACUUCGGGUUGAUGUACUGCCGCUUUCACAACUUCUUCCCCGUCGCUGCUGUCUUCGCUAGUAUCUACUCUAUGACUGCGAUAGCGGUGGACAGGUACAUGGCCAUCAUCCACCCCUUGCAGCAGCGUAUGUCGUCCACAGAGACCAAGGUGAUCGUGGGGGUGAUCUGGGUGCUGGCUCUGCUCCUGGCCUUCCCUCAGUACUACUACUCAGUGACAGAAGAGCUGCCUGGACGAAUCAUCUGCUACAUCGAGUGGCCCGAAUACACUGGCUGCGACUACAGAAUUAUGUACUACAUGUGCGUGACAGUGCUGAUCUACUUCCUGCCUCUACUGGUGAUGGGCUGUGCCUAUCUGGUGGUGGGCCUCACUCUCUGGGCCAGUAACAUACCUGGAGACUCCUCUGACCGCUACAAGGAGCAGCUCACUGCCAAACGCAAGGUGGUGAAGAUGAUGAUCGUGGUGGUGUGUACAUUUGCUAUCUGCUGGCUGCCCUACCACGUGUACUUCCUGCUCCAUCUGUUCUUCCCCCUCCUGUUUGAGACACUCUACAUCCAACAAGUCUACCUGGCUGUCAUGUGGCUGGCCAUGAGCUCCACCAUGUACAACCCGAUCAUCUACUGCUGUCUCAACGACAGGUUCCGAGCUGGCUUCAAGCAGGCAUUCCGAUGCUGUCCCUGUGUUCCCGCUGGCUCUUACGAGGGUCUGGAGCUCAAGUCCACACGUUACCUACAGACCCAGACCAGCAUGUAUAAGACCAGUCGCAUGGAGACAGCUGUGUCCGCCGUGCCGCACGUGGUCGACGACUUGGAGCCUCCCAGGUUCGGGGCCCUAUCUGGGGCCGGGUGUGAGGCCGGGGCGCGGGUGGUUGGCGGAGGGGGCGUGGGGUUGUGUGCGGCGGCACCCAGGCGCUCCUCUCUGGACCUGACUUCCAAUGGCUCUUCGUCCCGCAGCAUCUCCAAGACCGUUUCGGAGACCUCCAGCUUCUACAACAACCUGCCUGAGUAG